GCCUGGGCCCGGCGAAGCCGGGCCGGCCUCGGGUGCCAUGGCUUCGCGGCUCCUGCACCGGCUGCGGCACGCCCUAGCCGGCGACAACCCCGGGGAGGCAGCGACCGGUCCGGAGGCCGAGCAGUUCCCGGAGAGCUCGGAGCUGGAGGAUGAUGACGCCGAGGGCCUGUCCUCCCGCCUCAGCGGCACCCUCAGCUUCACCAGCGCCGAGGACGAAGAGGAGGAGGACGACGAGGACGACGGGGAGGUUGGCCCCGACUCGCUGCCCUCCGGGGAUGGGGCGUCGGGAGAAGAUGCAGAUCGGAGCUCUCCACCUGAUGGGCAGCGGGGCAGUCAGCCGCUGGCAAGGCAGUUGCAGGAUUUCUGGAAGAAGUCCCGGAACACCCUGGUGCCCCAGCGGCUGCUCUUCGAGGUGACCAGCGCCAACGUGGUCAAGGACCCACCCUCCAAGUACGUGCUCUACACCCUCGCCGUGAUGGGCCCGGGGCCACCCGAUCGCCAGCCAGCCCAGAUCUCUCGCCGCUACUCGGACUUUGAGCGGCUGCAUCGAAACCUGCAGCGACAGUUCCGGGGCCCCAUGGCUGCCAUCUCAUUCCCCCGGAAGCGCCUGCGCCGGAAUUUUACCGCAGAGACCAUCGCCCGCCGGAGCCGGGCCUUCGAGCAGUUUCUGAGCCACUUACAGGCAGUGCCUGAGCUGCGCCGUGCCCCGGACCUGCAGGACUUCUUUGUGCUGCCCGAGCUGCGGCGGGCGCAGAGCCUCACCUGCACUGGCCUCUAUCAUGAGGCUUUGGCGCUCUGGGCCAAUGCCUGGCGGCUGCAGACCCAACUAGGCACCCCCGUGGGCCCAGACCGCCCACUGCUGACCCUGGCUGGGCUGGCUGUGUGCCACCAGGAGCUGGAGAACCCUGGGGAGGCCCGGGCGUGUUGUGAGAGGGCCUUGCAACUGCUGGGGGACAAGAACCCCCACCCUCUGUUGGCACCCUUUCUGGAAGCCCACGUCCGGCUCUCCUGGCGCCUGGGCCUGGACAAACGCCAAACAGAGGCCCGACUCCAGGCCCUGCAGGAGGCAGGCCUGACCCCCACGCCACCCCCCAGUCUCAAAGAAUUGCUUAUCAAGGAGGAACUGGACUGACUUUGCCUAGACUUAAGGCCACUGUGGGGAGAGGCACCGCCCCGGGGAUGGCGGGUGGGCAAGGAGGGCAUGAAUAGCAGUUGGGAAGCUGUAGGGAGUGCUGGGAACCCCUAGAAGUCCUACAAGGAACUUGUAGCAAACCAAGGAAACAUUCCUUCUGUCCAGCGGAGCUUAGGACAAGCUUCGGCCAGGGUUGCCCUGGGGUGGCACAGGGAGGAAGUCUGAUGCAGCCUCUCCAGCUCAUGAAUGUCUGGGGACUAUGCCCCAGGGUAGGUCAAUGUUACCUCUUCCUUGGCCCGAGGGUUAGGGACUCUUCCUUGGGAGUCCUGGAGUAGGGCUGCCGUCUGGCCCAGGGGAAUUAAAGGCCCGCAGCUCCA